UGAAGGUGAGCCAGUCUCCAUGGACAAAAAGGUGGUCCUGAUCACAGGCUGCUCCUCAGGGAUUGGUCUCAGCCUGGCUGUCCGGCUUGCCUCUGACCCAGACAAAACAUUCAAAGUGUAUGCCACAAUGAGAAACCUGGCCAAGAAGGAGCGUCUUUUAGAAAGUGUGAAAGACCUACACAGGGACACUUUGGACAUACUCCAAAUGGAUGUGACCGACUGGCAGUCCAUCCUGGAUGCAAGAGACAGGGUGGUGGAGAAACGCAUCGACAUUCUGGUGUGUAAUGCUGGUGUGGGUUUAGUGGGGCCACUGGAAGUGCAGUCUUUGGACUCAAUGAGGCAUAUCCUGGAGGUUAACCUCUUAGGUACCAUCCAGACCAUCCAGGCCUUCCUGCCAAAGAUGAAAGCUCAAAACCAGGGACGCAUUCUGGUCACUGGCAGCACGGGAGGACUUCACGGGCUCCCAUUUAACGAGGUCUACUGUGCCAGUAAAUUUGCAAUAGAGGGAGCAUGUGAGAGUUUGGCCAUCCUCCUGCAACACUUCAACAUUCAUGUGAGUCUCAUUGAGUGUGGUCCAGUCCACACUGACUUCUUGGUCAACCUGCAGAAGGCGGAGCUCGGGGACACAUCUCUCCAACAGGUUGAUACCCAAACACUCAAGCUGUAUGAAAAAUACCUGCAGCAUUGUAGCUCCAUUUUCCAAAAUGCCGCACAAGACACGGAAGACGUUGUAAAGGUAUUUCUAGAUGCCAUCCAGUCACCCAGCCCUGCCUUCAGAUACUUCACCAGCAGUGCUGGGCCACCUGUUACCAAACUGAAGGUCACAGAACCAGAUGGCUCAUACAUCAGCGCUAUGAGCAAAGUCAUUUUCUCAGGGGAGGAGCAACAAUUUUGCAGCUAAGCCACCACUGAUGUCGCUCCUGUUUUACUUUAUGCGCACAGGUUAAUAUUCUGCUUGCGUAACCUUGAUUCCCGAAACAAAUUUUAGAGUUCACAGGACUUCAUGUUCUAUUUUUGUGUGUGGCCUAAAAUAGCGCUCCUUAUCAUAAAACAGAAAUGUGAAAAUAGACUUUGUUCUGUGGCGAACUAUUCAAAAAGGA